AUGGCUCUGCAGGAUGUCUGUGGUUUUCUGGAGACCCCUGUGGACACCAGCAUGUGUACUUACCUACCAAAAGAAUUGGCAUCCAUUUGGAGGACACCGUUUGAGUUUGACCGAGACAGUCCUCUUAAUUUUCUUUUUCCCCCUCAACAGAGCAGCAGAAAAAACAGAGCUCCUAUAACUUUUUCCUGCAUGUCACCCCAUUCACAACCCUUUCAGCUAGCACAUGGUACAACCACUCUUGGUUUCACCUUUCAGGGUGGCGUGAUAGCUGCUGCAGAUACUCGGGCCAGCUGCAAGGGUCUAAUAUGCUGCCCAAUAAGUCAGAAGAUUUUGCCCAUCCACUCUCACCUGGUGGUCACCACCUCUGGCAGUGGUGCAGACUGCAUGCUGUGGGAACGAAUCCUCACCCGUGAAAUGAGGCUCUACCAGCUUCGGCACCGCAAGAGACUUACCGUCAGUGGAGCUGCAAAGCUGCUCUCCAUGAUGCUUCAUCCAUUCAAAGGCACUGAAGUGUGUGUGGCAGCUACUCUGUGUGGAUGGGAUGGAGAGGAAACUUGGAUAACGAGUGCAACCCAACAGGCCAGCAUAAAAAUGGCAGAAGUUAUGAAAGCAAUGGAACACAAUACCCCUUUAUCUACAAAUAAUGGUGCACUAUCAGCUCUAGACAGUGAGAAAAUGGCCUCAACAAACACACAGAAGGAGUUCUUGAAGGAUCCCAAUGCACUAAGUCAAACAGUGUCAGAUCCGAUUACAAAAAGUACUCUGUCGACAACUGGAGGGCAGUCUGGACCCAGUGUGUGCUAUGUGUGCAGUGAUGGCCUGCAACUGAAAGGAGAGAUAAUCUCAGUGGGCUCAGGGUCACCCUAUGCAUAUGCUGUGCUUGAUGAUGGCUGGAGAUGGGGAAUGACUGUGGAUGAGGCUGUGGGACUGGCCCGGGAGGCUGUUUUUAGAGCAACUCACAGGGAUGCCUAUUCUGGGAAUAAUGUAGACCUUUUCCACAUCACUGCCCAUGGCUGCAGACGCAGAGCCAGAGAGGAUCUUAAGGAGGAGUACUACAGUGAGAGGGAAAGAAAGAAGGAGAAAAUUAAAGAGAGGGAGAGAGAGAGACAGAAUAGAGAGGCAGAUGAGCUGGUUGAAGAGAGAGGUUGA